AUUAUCGUACUUCGCUGGUAUACUUUCGGAAAAUGUCUUAUGAUGUGGAUUUAAUUUUAGCUCUAUUUCCUGUUUGAAUGACCUAACUUGUUCAUAUCUCUGAUUUGAUGAAAAUCUUAAGCAUAUUUGAUUUACUUCCUUAAUUGUGAUAACUUUAUUCAAGGUGAUAUGUGAUAAACCAUGGCUCUACAUGUGGUCGCAAUAGACUUUGGAACUACAUAUUCAGGGUAUGCAUUUUCUGUUAGUCCACCUCACAUUGAGUUGAAAGAUGUAGAGAUAUUAUCUAAUCAGGUCUGGAAUUCCGGAACAGUAGAAGUCGCAUCGUUAAAGACGCCAACGUGCAUACUGCUUACGAAAGAACGAGACAUUGUAGCUUUCGGGUAUGAGGCAGAGGAACAGUAUGCCGAUAUUGUAUUGGAUGGAAACUCUAAUGACUACUACUUCUUUCAUAGGUUUAAAAUGAAUCUUCACAAUUAUAAGAAUAUUACUAUGAAUAUGGUUCUUGAAGAUGUAAGAGGAAAACCACUACCUGCCAUAGAUGUGUUUUCGUUGUCAAUUAAAGCCUUAAAAGAUCAUCUAGACAGUGCCAUUGAUGUAAAGAAUAUGGAACUUGAUAAAGGGAAAACCAAGUGGGUACUCACAGUACCUGCCAUUUGGACAGACACAGCCAAACAGUUUUUGAGAAAAAGUGCUGAAAAGGCGGGAAUACCCAGAGAUAAUUUAACUAUUGCCCUUGAACCAGAAGCAGCAGCAAUAUAUUGCCAGACGUUACCGUCUCCUGGUUGCCGGGAAAUCGCUGAAAUUGGUUCAGUAUUUAUGGUUGUAGAUCUUGGCGGUGGCACAGUAGACAUAACGGUCCAUGAAAAGAAUUCAAAUGGGACAUUGAAAGAAGUGGUUAAAGCCUCUGGGAAUGAUUGUGGUGGUACUUCCAUUUAUGACGAAUUUAUUCAGAUGUUCAAUCGUAUAUUUGGUGAACCAAUUAUGAACCGUCUCAAAUUAGACUUUCCUGAUUCUUACUUGUAUCUGCUUCGAAAAAUAGAAAACGUUAAAAGAGUAUAUCAGAGUUCACAAACUAGGAAUGUGAAUAUAACUAUUCCUCGUUCCACUAUUGAUAGUCUGUGCCAGUCAUAUUUAGGGGAAAAUAUCACUACCGUCAUUAAUUCAUCCAGCCUGGCUAGUAACAUUGAAAUAAUUAGAGACAAAAUGCGAUUUAAAGCAAUAUUCGUCGAAUCACUGUUCAAAGCAACAUGUGAUAAUUUGGUGUCUUUGGUACAAUCUGUUUUGAAACAGUGUGCGUUACCAAACAUCUCAAACAUUCUUCUUGUUGGUGGUUUUGCAGAAUGCAAGAUGAUGCAAAAAACAAUGAAAACUUCUUUUCCUAACAAAGCAAUAAUCUUGCAAGAGGAUUCUUCAACUGUCGUCCUUAAAGGCGCAGUCUUGUUUGGUUAUAAAUCCGAUUAUAUUUCAUCACGGAUAGCAAGAUAUACUAUUGGUUUAAAAGUUUGGCCGGCUUUUGAUGAAAACAUUCAUGACGAAAAAAGAAAAGUGAUUAGGAAUGAAAACGCAAACUGCGACAAUACAGUUUUCCCCAUUAUAAAAAUCAGCACACCUAUUCCAAAAGGACAUACAAUUGAACAAAUGUUCGGAACGCACAGUACAUCCAGUAGCCGUUUUCAUUUUUAUUACACGGAUAGUACGGAUGUCAAGUAUACCGACACAGGAGAAUGUUCAUUUCUUGGAGGGUUUGAUAUGUAUUUUUCAAAGCCAGAUCAGAAGGAUAUGAAAUUUACAUUUAACUUUGGCGACACAGAAUUUUCAGUGACCGUAUUUGAUCCCGAAUCAGGAUCUGAAAGAAAAGAAUACUUCGAAAAUCAACGUUAGAACGAUUUAAAAAAAAUACUUGGUUGCGUGUUGUGAGCUUACAACAGUCGGCAUGCUGCAUCAA